UUCCUCCAGAACAAUCGUCACCUUCACAUGAGUAUUGCAAGCAUUUCAGCAGGAGAGCAUGUAUCUCCCAGCCCCACCGAACUGCUUCAUCUUGUCGGAAGAUUUGCGUCGUCGUUGUCAGAAUCUAGGAAGCCUUUUGAAAGUAUAGUUGCGUCUUUUGUCUAGAAGAGCCGCCCUUGGACCUCGCCAGCCACACCCUCGAAACGACAGAGACAGAGAAAAAUCUGUUUUUUUUUCUCUCUUUUGACAAUGAACGGUGGAGGUUCGUGCUCGCUGCAGUUCGACCCGGCAACGGCUACCGAGUUCCUGAAGCUGCAGCGCGUACUCAUGCGGCAGGACGCGAGCCGCGCCACGAACGCCGACACGCUGUCGUGGCUGUUCGACGCCGCGAAAGAGAGCAUUCAUGAAUUGGUGGAGAGGGAACGCAAGCGCAUACGAAUGGACACGCGUACCAUCGCAGCCGACACUCGCGACAUUAUCGACAUUCUCCCAGCCCCCGUGUGGCACAGCAUCUUCCGUCGUCUGCUGCUGCCGCCCUCCCACCCGGACGCCCGCGCCGUCGUCGCGCGGCGGAACCGCGGCAACUCCCGUGCCUCGUCGUCGCAGCAGCAGCGCGGUGCAGUGGUGUUGGCGAGCCCUGAGUCCACGGCGGGCGAGCAGCACCGGAGCAACGCUGAGAGCUAUGGCGCAUCGUGGGCUCUGCUGUGCUGCGCGCUGGCCAGCAGGAGGCUGCUCCUGCAUGUGCUCUCCUUCUCGGCAAGCCAACCUACCGCCCUUGCAUUCAGCGACGACAGCCCCCAGUGGAGCAAGAGCGUGCUGUACCUGCUCAGGUGGGCCCAGCACCAGCUCGCCCUCACCUUCACUGAGCCCGAGCAGCUGCGCACCCUCGGCCGCUACAUUGCAUGCUCGCGCCCCUCCCUCACCUCCCUCGCCCUGAAACUCCGCGGCAUGGUGGACGGGGACGAGGAGCAGGAGUACCAGCGCUGGACGCUGGACUUUCUGAAGGACUGCUCGCAGCUGCAGCAGCUGAAGCUGGGGCGCGGCAUGUGGAACCUCAGCAGCAAGUGUGAGAGCGCCGCGUGGGUGAAGUCCCUGAGGAGUCUGACCAUCAAGCACGUGGACUGCAGCAGCGUGGAUUACCAGUUCCUGGGCACCAUCACCCCGCAGCUCACCGAAUUCACUCUCUACGAGCACCGGCAUCUCGCCCACGGCCCGCGUUUUGGCUCCACUCAUCUCACCUUCUCCUUCUCCAGUGCACGCAUCCUUCGCUUCCGCUUCCUCCACAGUGAGCUCAAGCUCACCCUCUCCCUCCCGCCCUCACUGGAAACCCUCUCGGUGAUGGCCAAGUGGCUCGUGCUCGCCUGCAAGAGCAGCGCCCCUCUCUCUCUCCACCAUCUCUCGCUGUACGGCCAGGACCGCCUCGUCAUCUCCUCCCUGCGCCUCGCAUCGGCGCGUGUCGCUUACUUGAACGGGCCUGCCAGCGACGAGGACUCCACCUCUCCCAUGAUCUCCUCCCAGCUGCCCCUUGCCUGGCAGCACCUUCCCAAGGGAAAAUCCACUUUCUCCUGGAGCAACUGGCUUCGUGCGAUUGCGCCGAAAGUGGAGGUGCUUAUAGUGAGGCAUGGGGUGCCUAUAGAGCAGGUGAAUGCGGUGUGGAGGAGCCUGCGCAGCCUUGGGAUUGUCGUGGGGACCAAAGGGCGUGAGGAUCCAGACUGGGAGGCAGCAGUGGAGCGAUUCUGUGAGUAUGGGGAGGAAGAGGAGGAGGAUUAUAACGAGUAUGGCCUGUACUCUGAGGCUGUGUGCUACCGCGGGAGCGGGGUGCACGGUUGGAGAGGGGGGAUCAACCAGAGGGCGAUGCAGCAGCAGCAGCAGCAAGUGCUCAGGCCUCCUUCCAUCAAGGCUCCAAAGUUGGAGUCCAUUUUCUUCCCUACCCGCAAGCCCUGUGAGCCGCAGAUCCUGGCUGCCCUGCGCAGGGGCUUCCCUUCUCUGGCCUUGUACUGCGUUAUAGGCAGCUCGUACUACUGGGAGAGGAAGAGGAAGACGCUGAGAGAUGGGCCUGUUGUGCAUGUGAGGCACGAGAAGAGUGGGGUGCUGCGCUCUCGCUUUGACAAGAAGCACCCGAAGAGUGUGAGGGAGAAGAUGCACAGUGUGAAUGGAGAACUGGUGGAGGGGUACAGUGCUGGUGAUGAUGAGAGCCAUAUGCUUAAGUACAAUGGGUGAAUUGAGUAGUGCAUGCUGCUUUCUGCUUUCGCAGAGAUCUCUUUCCUUUCCCCUAGCAACAAGACUAGAGGACAGCGGGAAGUUGCUGCAGCGCUCCCCCCAGGCUUGGCACUUUCAGGUAGGGGCGCUUGGUUGUCCCCCUCUUUUCCCUACUAGGAGGUUCUGAUCUGAUCUCGCAUCAACUUGUGUGUUUGACAAAAUUGCCUCCCUAUGCAAGACCAGAGUUCCGUAGACGUAUCU